GGAAAAUCUUGACAGCAGUGACAACGACAAACCGCCUUACGCCAUUUUAUCUAUUUAUUUCCUUCCUCGUCCUCUUGGCUAGCGUACGUUGUUUGUGAAAAGUUAUUCGAUUGUGUAUUUUUUGUGUUUUUUUUUCUGCGAUUUGGGUUUUUUGUUAUAUUUUUGCAAUUAAUUUUGAAGACGGGGAGCUUAUUGAGCUUGUCAAGCAAAAUCCUGUUUUGUAUGACAAGUCCAAUAGGAACCACAAAAACAAAAUUGAAGGAGAAUGUUUGGAGAACUACCGCAACAAUUCUGCAGCCAGAUGGAACUAUUUCUCCUACUGCCUUGGAGCAACGGUGGAUAGUUCUCCAAAAUCGCUUCUGCACAGAGUUAAGAAUUUUGAAGGGCAUCCCGUCAGAAUCGGGGGCUACAUCCGCCUGCAGGCCUACAAUAAAACCAGGAGGACCAAAGGCUCAUUUGAAGGCCCCUUAAGCCCAGAUUUCAACUCUCCACCCGAUAGCCCGUGGAGCACUCUCCAAACUCUACUGAUGGAGGAACCUGUGGUUCUUAUUGAGCAGGAAUCAAUGGCAGCAGAAGAUACCGACAUACAGGGUGAUUAUCAGUGAUUUUUACCAAAAGUUCACCUUAAUUCGGCCCUAGUUAUGAACCUGCGUUUCAGAAACUAAAAGGAAUUUGCAACACUCUGAACGAAUCUGAAAUGGGCAUCAAAAAAGGCAACUUUCUUAUAAUUUAACUGACCUUGUAGCUCUUACCAUUUCGGAUAUAGCAAUGGUGGCAUCACUUAAAAUAUACACCCUGUAUAUGAAAAUCCUACACCAGGUCCAUGUGGUAGUAGCAAGGAUGGCAGUCAAACAACACAGAUCAAAUCUGCUAAUACUGUCGUUACUGUAGAAAAGAAACAGCUGUCUUCCUGUAGGCAAUCAAUGCCACUCAAAAAAAAAAGGCCAAGACUACUUCGUCAACAGAGCCUGAAUCUACCGACAGUGUUUUAACUAGCCUAUUGCAAACCAUCACUAAUAUGGAAAGAAGAAUUAAGAAGAGGCAGGAGGAACCAGCGGAUGCAUGUUCCCAUUUUGAGGGAUGCUCUGAGAAAAAUUAAAUCAAACAAAACAAGGCAUCAAGUUAUGGCCAAAGUAAUGCUCCUCAUUAGCCAGCACGAAGAAAGUGAC